UACUGUACUGUAUUUUUUUCAGUUCUGUUCAAGUUUAAAUAAAAAGCAGUUUAUCUGUAAGGACAAAAUAAUAAAUACGGAAAUUCUGACAAAAAAUGAUGAACACCACCGUCUCUCAACCAUUGCUAAAUCAUCAUUUUCUCACCGUCUGUCAAUACAUAACAAGUUUUGGAAUUUUCUUCAACAACCAAGGUCUACUUGCAAUUGACGAUGAAAAUGACACCGUUCUGGUUCUAAAUACUCUGUUCGAUUAUCUCCGCAAAUCGCAAAACGAGUCCGCAGCGAAAUUACAACUGGUGAAGAGUGCUCUCGAAAGGAAUUUACCCAGUGAUGGAAGAAAUGAAACAUUUGACAUGAAAUACGUGAACGACACCUUUUGGUACAUUAUCAGCAAAUCCCUGUUUCACCAACACGAAAAUAUCGACAACUAUUUAACGUCAUUAGUCGAUGUAAUUGACAAAGAAUGGGACGAAUUUUACCCACAAAUAAAGGAAACCGUGUUGGAAAAUCUUCUCAAAACGAAAGCAAAAAAUUGUUCAUCAAAGAGCAAAACAACUAAAACUACUUCUUUGAUUAUUGAACAAGUGUUCGAGAAAUAUAUUCUCCCUAAUUUGGAGAAGCGAACGAAUUUGGAUAUUUCAAGAAAAGAACUGUUUAACGUGACGAGGAAAUAUUUGAAACGUUCCAAAAGAAGUGAUGAGGAGGUUGAAAAAAAGCAGGUAAAAUUCGUCACUGGUGUAACAGACGAGAGACAAAAUAUUCUGCAACUCUUACGACAUAGUACUUGGAAAGAAUUAACAAGAGAUGCAGAAGUAAUAAAGAAGAUGCGUCUUUUAUUGAAUAAAUUAGCUUACAGUCAAGUUGAUAAAAAAUGGUUAUUUACUCCACUGCAUCUUCGUUUCAUUUCAAUAACAAAAAGUAAGGCAAUUUUAGAAUUUUUAUUAAACUUAAAGGGACAUUCAUUCGCCUUCAAUGACAUAACAUUGAUGAAAAAUGAAUUUCAUACGGCUCCUCAAAGUAAAGAUAAUGACAAUCCUUUCAAUUUUAUAAUCUACUAUAAUUGUCGCAUUGAAUCUCAAUACGGAUUUUUGGAUUUGAAUAGUUUCGGUGACAACAGUGUUCACAAUACCUAUGCUACAUUCUCCGAUGUAUUUUUUACUAUCACAAGUACAGAAUUAGUGCCACGUUAUAAUGGUGGUACUGAUUUACACAUUCAAUUAGAGCAACAACCAUUAACAAAAGAAAAAUGGAAAAUACAUCGACAUCGUAAUUUUAAAAUACUAUUUGCAGUGAAUGAAAUUAUUAACUUAAUAAGAUUGCAAGAAAUACAUAAAUUGGCGAAUGUCAUUUCAUCACAGGUGCCUCUAUGUUCGUUAACAACUGCCACUGAAUUAUUAAAAAGCUACAUUUUAAAAUUUGAAGAAAGUAUGUCUCACGUGCCAACUUAUGCAACAUUUACCAAUGAAUACAUAAACACCCUACAAAUUAAAGAUUCAUAUAGAAAAUUUUGGUUUAAAAACGAAAAAUACAUUGACGACGUAUUAUACGAGAAGAUUUUGGAUAACAUCGAUGACUUAAAUGUUGCUGUACGAAAAGUUGCUAAACUUUACAAUGAAAACAAUGAAAGGCAUAUAGGUGAAAUUUUUAACAAAUACAAAGUAUUAACAUUAACCAGAUACUAUCUCCGCUUUGAAGAUUACUAUCUAAUUAAUACAAAAUUGACCCAUUAUAAUAAUAAUGAAGAUUUAAAGAAAAUUAACAUUGCAAUUUCUAGACUUGCUCUAAGACAAUCUUUCAUGGAACCAAUUAAUCAUCAAUUAAUUCUUUAUCAUACUGAUAGAGUUAAUAAAACUAUGUACGAAUACUAUAGAAGAUUGGAAAGAGGUGAAAUUUUCAAGUUUGAUACAUUGGUCAAAUUAACGUCCAAUGAAACAGAAGUAGAGAAAGAAUUGAAUCCCAUCCCGAGAUUAAAAACGAUAUUAUUUAAAAUUAAUUUGAAAAAUCCUACUGGCAUGGUGAACAUGGAGGGUUUCUUAAUUUCUCCUGAUCCAAUUUAUAUACCAUAUUUCUCAAUGAACUUCGAUGUUAUCUCUGCUCGUGAUGAGACAAUAAAUAAUUAUUCAGUUCUUGUUAUCAAAUUGGUAGCUUUUGGAGGUGCAAAGGAAGAUGUAAUGAUUGAAAUUAUAAACGAACUUGGUAAAAAUGACCUAACUGAAUUUUACAUCGACUAGUUUCUAUUGUUUUAAACUUCUUUUUGGCAUCCCAGUCAAUGGUUCAUUUUUGAAUGAAUUGUUAUUUUCUUUUGUUAUAAAAAAAAAAUUAGUUUUUAAAUUUUUUUGCUUUCUUGAAAUAUAAAUCAGAAAGAUAUAUUUGCUACAAUAUUUAUAUCCUUUUUUGCAGUAUAUUUUUAAAGCAAUUAAAUAUCAAUUGACAAUCUUUAUGAUGUUGCACAUGCAUUUCCAGUUCUUGUAUUCAAUUUGUUAUUAAAUUCUGAUAAUAAAUAAAUAUUGAACAAA